GGCCCAUGGCGCAUGGACUUUAUAGACGUCAACGUCUUCUGAGAGAUCGCGACUCUGCCGUCAAAGAAGACGACGCAGGUCGCACGAUCACCGCCCGCACGCGAGCCGACACGAGCCAGCCUUCGCUUCCCUUGGACCUUGCAGCGGUCACACGUUCUGCGGCUCUGUUGGCGGCUACGGAUACCGGCCUUCACCGUCGGACUUCCAGUCGGAGCGUGAACUCCUCUUUCGAAGCCUUGAUUGAAAUCUAACGACAACCAGCGAUGGUGCCUGUCCAGGCCCCACCACCCCCAGCGGGAUUCAAGGAAGACAAAGCGAGAGCCGGAGACGUGGGGCAUACAACUGGACACCUCGACGGGCAGUCGCCGCCGGACAGCUUUCUGAACACGUGCGUGACCAUCGUGGCCGUCUUGAUCGUCAUCACGCUUAUCGUCAUGGUCGUCAUCCUGCUCAAGUGUUUCUCCGGCCGAGAGGAUUGCCCGCGCGCCGAAGGCCCGUACAACCCGUACAGCAACGUGUCGCUGACCUGCGAGUCCGAAGACUGCCGAGACUACGGCUCCAUGAUGCGCUCGAGCCUGAUCUCGUUCAUGGAGCCCUGCGAGGACUUCUACGAGUUCAUCUGCGGCGGUUGGAUGAAGGCGGCUCGCGUGCCUCACGAGGACGUGGUCUACAGCAGCCUUUCCGACGUGCACCGCCGCGUCGAGAACGAGAUCAGCGAAAUCCUCAACAACACAGUGAUAUCGUACCGCGACCAGACAGCCACGCAGAAGGCGUCCGCUCUCUACCAAGGUUGCAUCAACAUCGACCUCCGCAACAGCAGGGGUGUCAAGCCCCUGGAAGACCUCCUCAAGUACUUCGAACUCGGCCGUUGGCCCACUCUUAACCGGACGGCGGUGUUCCGAACCUUCUUCAUCCUGGGCAACGUCAUCCGAGAGCUGGGCCUGGACGCAAUCCUUUCACUCCGUGUCGGGCUUGACUACCACAACAGCGACAGAUACCUAGUCUACAUCGGGCAGCCGUCGUUCGGUGUAGAGCCCAUGGUGCUUCGGGGACGCUUCCGGUCGCCCUUCUUCCGCAUCCUACACCGGUACAAGAUCUACAUUUACCGUUGCGCGCUACUCAUGGGCGCCAGCGUCGCGGCAGCCGACGUCGUCAACGAGAUCGUCGCCUUCGAGGCCAAGCUGGCAGCCAUUAUGGAGCCGCCGGAGGCUAUCCACAAUCCAAAACGAGUCUACAACCUCAUGAGCCUGCGGACCCUAGAAGGAGCCAUACCAGAGAUCCAGUGGACGUUCCUGAUCAACACCAUCCUUCGUGACGUGGGCGUAUCCAUGGAUCUGACCGACCACGUGGUCGUGCUCAGUCCGCUCUAUCUCAAGAGGCUGGCACGACUGCUCAAGGAGGUCCCCAGGCAAGAACGUUGGCCAUAUUUCUAAUCGUGGUUAACUCACUAUCUGCCACAACGUUUUCUGUUUAACUUUGCAUCGUUCGAGUGUCCCCCAAAAAAGCUUUAAUUAGGAUGUGAGGAU